UCGACGAACGAUUGUUCUCCCAGAAUACCGUGAAAGUGAGAGAGAGAGAGAGAGAGAGAAAGCUGUGAUUCAGCUGGAGCUCGCGCGAAUCGAGAGCGACUCAAGUUCAAUGAUAAUCGAGACGGACUUGGCACGCGUCACCGCGACCAGAUUCUCUCUUCGUUGAUCUUGGACCGAUAGUGGCGCCACGCUAGCUACAGACAUGGCGUCGAUCAUGUUUCUGCGCGAAACAGAUCUGUCAGCGGAACAACGACUCUGCAACGUGUGUAUUGCCUCGUGUUCAACGAAGCUUCUUGAAAGAAUGUAUUAAAGCAAAUCGAUUAUUUAAACAGACAGUGUGAGAGACAUUUCGAUUGAAAAAGAGACUUAGAAUAAAUAUCGACUCGGGAAGGAAUAAAAAUUUAAUAGAUAGAAUAAAUUAUAUUUGUGGAGGGGUGAAGUUUGAGGGAUUGAUCAAAGGUGAGAACACCAGGCGAUAAUCGGUGUCGCAGCCGGUGUUCGAUGAGAACCGAACAAGAUUUGGUGCAUACCCAGCGUACGUGAAAAGAUCCUCGGGCACGAGGACGGGGCGCCGAAGAGAUCGUCUUCAACCACGACGAUCACGACGACGACGAUGCUGCGCUCGCCGGCACGCGUCGUUCUCCAGGAUUCUUCCGCCUCGACGUCCUCGACCCUGUCGGCGCCACCGACACCAGUUCACCACGGCGCCGCCAGCAGCUCGACCGUCUCCUCGCGUCUUUCCCUCCUCGACACCUGCCACAGGAAGAUCAGGUUCUUCGGCGAGCUUGUCGCAAAAGCCCGACGAAAGGAGAAGGAUGCGGGAACAACAGAGGAUCCGAAAUUGUAUCUCGAGGAGGCGGCUCUUGAAAGGCAACUGCCAGAGUUGGACUUGAGGAUGUUGGUCGAUUUGCCACCUGGUUUGGAUUACAACGAAUGGCUGGCCUCUCAUACUCUUGCACUAUUCGAUCACAUCAAUCUCGUUUACGGAACGAUAUCCGAGUUCUGUACAAUGACGGGUUGUCCUGACAUGACCGGUCCUGGCUUAAGAACUUAUCUGUGGUUUGAUGAGAAGGGAAAGAAAACGAGAGUGGCAGCGCCACAAUAUAUAGAUUAUGUUAUGACUUUUACACAACGCACCGUUAGUGAUGAAACUAUAUUUCCUACGAAAUAUGCAAAUGAAUUUCCUAGCUCGUUCGAAUCGAUAGUGCGUAAGAUCCUGCGGCUACUGUACCAUGUGGUGGCACACAUUUACCACUGCCACUUCAGAGAGGUAGCACUCUUGGGGUUGCAUGCUCACCUUAAUUGUGUAUUUGCCCACCUCACGCUCCUUAAUCAACGCUUCAACCUUAUCGAUCCCAAGGAAACGGAGAUCUUAGGAGAUUUAGAGGCUGCCCUCUUGGGUGACUCAACAUCUUCAUCAGCGCCUUCUUCACAAACCUUAGCCAUUCAGGAGACUCCGACCACAGCCACCUAGAUCGCGAUGCACAGCAAGCAAAAGGUUGCAGUUCCUGAGACUAGGUGGAGCGAAAGCGCAAUUCUGUAAAAACUAGUAGUACCUGUACAUAGCGAAGUGUGAACAACUACAUGAUGUAAUUAGGUUCCUCCGUUUGUUGUUUGUGAGAUUGUACAUAAUUUAUUAAACAGUAAGAUAUACGAAAGAGACGAAGGAUGAUUAUUGAUCAUUAUUGACGAAGUUAGUUGCUAUAAGAGGAUAAUUUGUUCUGUAAAAACAAAAAGAAAAAAGAAAAAAAAAACAAAAAAUAACAAAA